CUCUGCAGGCAGGCACCCUGCCCUGGUCCAGAGUGCCAAGGUGUAAUCCCUCCCCAGCAGCUGUUCUCUGCAACUGCUUUGCCCUUUUCCUCUCCUGCCAGGAGAAGAGGCAGAGGAACCCAUUCCUCGGGAGCCUAGGAAGUGUGGUCCAGGUGAGAGACAGCCCACAGCGUCGACUCCAGGCCUGGCGGGGAGGCCCAUGACCUCCCUUCCCCUCUCAGUCAAGUUGCAGGUUACACCUGCAUCCAGAGCAAGGGACUUCCUGGAAGGCCCAGAAGUGAAAUUUCUGACACGUGUGCGGCGCUCACUACGCAUUGAGAGGGCUGGGAGUCACUACCCACAGUGGCUGAAGGACCAUGACCCUGAGGUGUCAUCCCCCAGUGAAAUCCUGGAUGCUAAGGAGGGUACUUGCUUCUUCUUCUGGAGAAAAACGUGGCUUUGCCAGAAGUGACAGAGCUGGGGGGUUUGAGUUCAUAUCCCCUCUAGAGGUCCUGAGGGGUUCCCAGCAGGGACAGGCUGCCUGCCCACCAUGCUGCCUGGUACUCACUCGCCUGACUGCUCUUGCUCCCCUCAGAUGGAGAGGGGAGGGGAUGGCACAGAAGAAGCCAGUUUUAAAUACCUAAACUCUGUUUUAAAUUCUGUUUAAAUAUCUAAAUUCUGUUUUAAAUAGCUAUAUUCUGAUUUAAAUUCUGUUUUAAAUAUCUAAAUUCUAUUCUAAAUAUCUACAUUCUAAACUCUAAAUUCUGUUUCAAAUAUAUUAAAAUUUGCAGUAGAGAUGUGUGUGGCCUAGUGAGUGGUGUGGAGACACCAGCAAUAUCCCCUGGAGCUGUGUCCCCCAGGAUUGCCCUCAGGUCGUCUACCUUGACACACACUCUGGUUUUCCUGCUGUAGAAUUAGGCUCUUGAAAACCAGCCACACUGACGCCGGGCUCAGAGAGCAGCCAAGCAGCACUGCAGACAGGACAGGCAGGAGCAGGCAGCCAAGUGCCUCAGAAGUUUGCAGGUACUGUGAAGCCUCUGCCCAGAACUCUGCAGUCAGUGGCGGCAAUGGCAUCUGUCCCUGAUUUGGACACACUGGAGAGCAGCAGCCUGAAUGAGGAGACGCUGUAUGGCCCCAAUUGUGUCUGCCCACAGAAGAAGCCCCGACUGGACUUGGAGGUGACGUCGCCUGGGGUGGGAAUCCAGGUGACGGUGACAAAAGGACACCUUUCCAGGACCUUUCGCCAGGCUGCCGUACUGGUGGCUGCUGUGACCAAGCUCCUAAAGCAGCCAUCACACAAGGACUUUGCUGAUAGUGACCUUGGCAGCUUCUUCGAUGAUAUUUUCGAGCCUGUCUCUUUCCAGUGCAUCAAGGGCAGUUAUACCAGGGCACCCGUUUUCCGCUACACUCGCUCCCAGUCCUUCGACAUCCUGGAUAUUGACCACAAGUGCUUCGUACUGGAGUCACCCACCCAGCUGGUGGCCCUGCACCUGCAGGGGCCCUCUGCUGGACGGAAAGUGAAGCUCGACAUUGCUCUGUACCGUCCCCGGUCAUCGCAGCGUGGUCCAGGGUCUGGAAGGGUGCCGGUGGCGUUGGGUAUCAAGGGCUACCAGCUCUACAUGUCCUGUGUGAUGAGUGACACUAAGCCCGUGCUGCAGCUGGAGGAAGCUGACAUCAGGAGGGACAUUGAGAGUGUGGAGCUGACCCGCUUCAUCUUCUACCGCCUGGACAGCCCAGCUGAGGGGACCACCCGCUUCGAGUCGGCCGCCUUCCCCGGCUGGUUCAUUUGCACAUCCCUGCAGCCCCGUCAGCCUGUCGGUAUCACGAACACCCCAGACCAAGUGAACAUUGCUACCUAUGAGCUGAGUGGGCACUGAGGAUGCUGCAUCAACCCAACCGGCAGUCACCGGUUUUCAGGCUGUAUGUACUAAGUACAACCCCCUGGGACAUGACCCCCCCUCCCCACCUAUUUCAUGUGAAAUAGGAGCUCUGGGCCCCAUGGGCUCGAGCCAUCCCAACCUUAUUUAUUUAUUUAU